AUGUCGGAUGAUUUUUGCUGUCCCAACUGCGAUUCAAAACCCAUGGUUAAGGAAAGGCACCUAAUGAAAAAAUUUAAGAUGGAUUUUUGUGCUUUAUGCUGCGGACGUCGAUAUUGUGGAGUAGGCAUUUACGAAAGCACCAUCAAAUGCCGGUCUUGUGGCUGGAAAGGCGAUCCAAACCGCUCACACUGAAAUUCGUCUAGUAUAGAGAAUAAAUGAUAAAUUUAUAUUAAAAUAAGAUAGUGAAAGUAAAGUCAGCUGUUGCAUGUUGUGUUGUCAAAAGCAAAAGAAAACUUAACGCUUUAAAGCCCGAUGAGCUUUGAAAUUGCACUUACAAAAAAAAACUACUCCGAACUAAUUAAGCUAGGCGAAAAUACAAAUC